UACGUUCAGUAUCGCAUUAUCCUUGUACGAGCGCGCACCUGAUGGUGAGGAACAGCUGCAUUUGCGCGAGGGCACCGGUCGUGCAUACCGAAUAAUCGGCAAAGCGUUCGGCGUUCACGUGGGAACGAGUGAAGAUUGUGUUUCAACCUUGGACGAGUGCGUUGAUCGAAUCAUCACAAUAAAUCAAGCCUAUUUCUGUCUCGUGUGCCGUUGUAAGCAAACGCCUUGCCUAUAAGGCACGAUGGUGUUGAAAAAGGCUUCCCAAACAGGCAGCGCGACCCAGUAAAGAAACAACACCACAACUGACAGCAACUUGUUUUCGCCUGUCGAACGCAUCGGACGCGAACGCAAGUGGUACAAACGGCGUUUGCCAGCAGGUCCGGGGAGCCGCCGAAUAACAACGUCGGUUAUGCUUUACCUUUCCCCACACUAACACCCCUUCUCUUCAACGCCCUCUCCCCAUCAUCCUUCCCCACCAGGAUGGCCAUCCUUCGCACAUUAAAUCAACACUUCUCUCGGUUUAUGGCAGCAGUAUGGUGAUGGGUGUUGUUGUUGCUGGCAGCAGGCGUAGCAGCGAAAACAACGCUCGACAACCGCGACAGUUCGGAAGAGCAAACAAAUAAACAACAUGGAAGUGAAAUAAAUUCGAAUCGAAAUUGAAACGAAUCUGUGCGCCGUGGCCGCAUAAAAGCAUGUGCGAAACGCGCCCGCACCGAUGAGCGACGACUGGCACACCAACACAGCGAUCUACACCACGCGGCCUACCCGUGUGUGCUACUUUUACGACCGUGCGAACGUGAUACCUCUCUAUAUGCGUGCGUGCGUGCUUGCGUGCCAGCUGUGUAUGUGAAUGGGUUGUUGUGUAUGUGUAUAGGGGAGUGAAAAGCUUGCUCAAGUGAGGGAAAAGUGUCUGUGUGAAUGUGUGCGUGUGAUUAUUGUGAAUCGCUAGCCCCCCGUCCGUAGGAGGAUUAAAUCGCGUACGCGCCAAACCCGCUCGCGUUGGAUCUGGCGCCGGUAACGAACGUCGGCACACCCGCCACAGCACCCGCUGCGUGAGCGAAACGUCCUUUCCCAUCCCUUCGACGACAAAACAGAAAAAAAGCAGAGCCCGGCGUGUGCUAACGAGCCCGUAAAGCGGAGACUGCACGAUGACUAAUCUCGUUAAUACCAACCUGGGAUUUAUUGUCUAUGGAUUAAUUUUUGCUUCGUUCUACGGCAGCGCAACGCGGAUAUUCGAUAUUGAAAACAUCCCGGUCGUUAAAUACGUAGCGGUGGCCGGCCGGAACGUUACCAUCAGCUGUCCUGGAGUGAACGAGCACUCGCUAAUCGAUACGCUCAUUUGGAAAACCACACAAACCGUAGCCGAGUACGUUAAUGGGUCGCCGCUGGUAAACAACCCGAGGAUCACACUGCUGCCGGGCAACUUUAGCUUGCACAUCAGUCCAACCAGCUCGGCCGAUACGGCCGAGUACACCUGUCUGUUCAACGACCGGCACAGUCCGGAAGCGAUAGCGGAUCUGCUAGUGCAAGACGUGCCGGAUCCUCCUGGGCGACCGCUGGUGGUAAGCUUCACGUCACGUUCCGUCGAUUUAUCGUGGGCCCACUCGCAGGACGCACGGAACGCACCGGUUACGAAUUUCAUCAUCGAAACAAGGGUCGGUGAAAAUGGAGACUGGAAUCAGGUGCCACCGAUCUACACUAAAUCACAUCUAACCACGUACCAGGUGACGGAACUGCUACCCUUCACCGUGUACAGCUUUCGUAUCAUUGCCGUUAAUGAGCUGGGACAUAGUACACCCUCGAAGGAGUCGUACUACUUCGUGACGCUGCGGGAAGCACCGACCGGCAAGCCGGUAACGACGAUAGCGCACAACACAUCCGCCACCUCGGUGUACAUCUCCUGGAAGCCGCCGCCACCGGACACGAUUCUGGGCGAGUUUCUUGGCUACCGCAUAACGUACCGUACGCGGGACCGCCAUCCGGACGACGUGAAGGAGAUUUACAUUCGCGACAGCACCGUCGAGAGCCACGAGAUACACAACCUGGAAACGUACACGCAGUAUCUGGUGUCGAUACAGGUGUUUAAUCCCGAGGGAUUAGGCCCACCGACGACCGUGCUGGUGAUGACCGACGAAGGUGUACCGACCAAACCGAGAAACCUGAGCGUGCUGGAAAUCACGUCAACGACGAUCCGCAUCAGCUGGCUCGAGCCGGAAAAACGGAACGGUGUCAUCCACGGGUACCGGGUGUAUUACGUCUACCAGAAUCAAACGCUGCUCCAUCUGCCAAUCCUGAAGAACGAUGCGGCCCAAAACUCGGUCUUCUACUACACGCUGACAAAUCUGAAGCCCUUCACGGAUUACCGGAUCAUAGUGACAGCUUUCACGCUAAAGUACGACGGCGAACCGUCGGAGGUGUCGCUGCGCACGGACGUCGGUGGGCCGAGCCCACCGAAGGUGCUGAACCUCACCUGCCACUCGCUCGACACGCUCUUCUUCAGCUGGCGGAUACCGCGCGUCUACCAUUCGUCGAUCGAUUUCUACAUCGUCAACUACCGCAAUCUGGAGUACGACGAUACGCACGAGAUACGCAUCUCGGCCAACGCGUCCAUCGUCGAGACGUCGAUGGUUAUUCCCAACCUGACGACGAACAGUGCGUACGAGGUGAAGGUUCGCGGGGCGACCGUAAGCACGGUGAAUCCGAAAAAGGUUGUCCUCGGCACCUAUUGUGAACCGAUAAAGAUUGCACUCCGGGCGAAUUGCGAACAGUAUCAGCCGCCUCCGCUGAGACACAAUCCGUACGUCGAUCAGGAGCUUGUCAUACUGGCCGGUAUCGUGAUCGGGUGUUUCGGGCUGCUGCUCAUCAUACUGGCGAUAGUGCUGUGGAGGAAAUGUUUCCACGCGUCGUACCACGAGGCCGGCGAUCAGCGACCAUCGGAACGGACCGACCAUAAACCGACGGUCCAAUCGAAUGGGUGGAAAACGUCCUGCGAUUCGAACGGUAUCGUGCAAACGUCGAUACCCUCCGAGGAGUACAUCAACGGACAGCAGCAGGCGAUGAUCGAUCGGUUCCAUCGCUAGGCCCGAGAUGACUGAUUAAUGGUAGGCAAUGGUUGCUGCCGGUUGAUGCGCACGUACUGCACGGUCACGAACUGAGCCCCGGUGUCUCUGUGCUUGCAGUAACUCGACGGACGGCCGGUGAGCCUCGCUGGCGGGGACGGUUGAUAUGCCAACGAAAAUCGGGGCGCACCAGGCUGUUACGUAUGGAAAGUACCUGACUAGGAUAAUUUAACGUAAGUCGCUUUAGGAAAUGGCCGAUAUCUAGUGAAACACAUCGAAACAGACUUGUUGCGACAGGGAUGAUGGAGCGUACCGUUCUGCCGCCAAUCGUUCCUUCCGAUGUAUUUUGUUAGUUUAUUUUUUCGUUGUAUUUAAACAUUUUUCUUUCAAACAGUUUUGAAUAUAGUUUUUUAUUGUAAAAGGAGAAAAAAUAAUAGCCUUGCUAUUGUGUGUGUGUGGGAAUUCAAUCCAACACAGGCUCGAAUAACUUGAUUCUACGUUCACUAUCAUCAUUAUGUUUGUGUCAUUCUGUGAUUAAGCUUUGCGUUAACGUUAUCACUUGCAUUCUCAAGAUGCAGCUCAGCUUUUUCUUAACCACGGGUUGAGCAAAGCAUUCAAACCGGGAAGGAAUGCAAACAUUUUGCUGGUGCUUAGCGUAGCUGUUAGAAUAUUUACCGUGAAUGUAUUACACAAACCCGUCACGCGGUUGUGCAAAGCCACGAAUCUGCUGUGUGAAAAGUUGUCGUUUCAAGCGCCUGUGUAUAUAUACAUUCUACUACUAUUUGCUAGUGCGAAGUAAGGAAGCUGGACGGAAUGAAUAGUGCUAAUAAAUUGAUGAUGAAAACAAACAAAAAAAUAAAAUAAAAGAAAUGUAAUGACAUUGACUGUGCAACGAAA